AUGGCACAAUUCGUAACGCACAUACAACCGACGUUGUUGGAGGCCUCGCAGGGCCAUGUACCACAUCACCAUGGCCAUCAGGUUGGUAUGCAGCACACAUCACAUUUGCCACAUAGCGGCCAUAACAUGCCAUCGCCGCCAACAUCACACAAUCAUCACCCGCAUUCGCAUCAUCAGCAGCAUCAGGAACAACAGCACCACAACCACCGCCAUAGUCCGCCAUCGCAACUGUCGUCCCCGCCAAGUGGCGCACCCAUACACCAUUAUCACAUGGGCAAACAUGGCGCCAAACAUGAGCACUUUGGACAUCACAGCUCU